GGAACAGGAGAGUGUGGGAGGAAGCAGCAACAGCAGCAGAGCUCUGAGGGAGACGGAGGCAGAGUCCGUGGCUCAGAGAGGGCGAGGGGGCAAGCCAAGUUCACAGCUGCGGCUGCUGCUGGGACAGGAAGAGCGGCGACACCGCGUGCCGCGCCAAGGCGAUGGGGUGGCGCGUCGCAGAGCGCAGCAGCCGCGCGCCAACGCUGUGGCUGCUCUUCUUAGCCUCGGCAGGGGGGCCGCUGCUGGCGCGCGCGCUGCCUGGUUCCAAGACGUCGCGAGGCAUCGCGGUCCCCUUUGUCUUCGACCCGCGCGCCGUCUGCAGCCCGCCUUGCCAGCACGGGGGCCUGUGCAUCAGGAACGGCACUUGCUUCUGCUCCAAGGGCUACGAGGGGGAGCUCUGCCAGUAUGCAACUUGUUAUCCCAAAUGUAAAAAUGGUGGGAAGUGUCUCAGACCUGGAAAAUGCAGAUGCCAACCUGGUUAUGGAGGAAGAUAUUGUCAUAAAAUUAGCUGCGAAGGAGGAUGCCAGAAUGGUGGAGAAUGCAUCUCUGUCAAUGGGGUAGUGAAAUGCCUUUGUGCUUCAGGCUGGACAGGAACAAGAUGCCAAGAAGCAAUUUGUCCUCAAGGAUGUUGGAAUGGAGGAAUUUGUUGGGCUCCUGGAAUCUGCAGCUGUGCAACUGGAUGGGUUGGCGGGGCCUGUCAUUUAGCGCUGUGUAAACUACCUUGUCGUCAUGGAGGCAAAUGUGUUGCUCCAGAUGUGUGCAAAUGCCGUUCACCAUAUUCUGGCCUACAGUGUACAAAGAGGAUUAAGCAAUGAAGUGAAAUUGCCUUCUCUUAAAAUUAACUCAAUUAUUUUAAUAAAUAAAUGCUGGGGAAGGGAGAAUUCCAGUGUGAUUCUAAACUAGUUAAAAAAAAAAUCUAACAUGAUAGAAAAGAAAGCACUCCUAUAUUAAAGGGCAAAUAUAGUUUUACAUAUUCCAAACGAUAUUAAAACAGAAGUGUUUUCCAAGUAUAUGUGGAUAAUUUGAUUGCAUGUGUGUACUUUAGGUCUCAUUUUAGCACAUUUAAUAUUAAGUAUUUUAUUUGAAUAAAGCAUUUCCCAAAAAAUA